CCACUUCGAGUUGUUUGUCUGAUCGCAUCACGCCGCAUUGGACCAGACAACCUCUCGGCGUGACCGUUAUUUACGGCCCUCGUACUACCAACAUCCCGAAUUACCGUCGCGACGACAAGGUCAUAAAAAUGCCGCCGACCACACUCGCCAAACAGCGGAAGAUUGCCAUAGUGGGCAGCCGCUCAGUCGGAAAAUCCUCGCUGGCAGUCCGAUACGUUGACGGACAUUUUGUCGAGAGCUACUACCCGACCAUUGAGAACACUUUUAGCAAGGAGAUCCGGUACAAGGGACAGGAGUUCGCGACCGAGAUUGUCGACACAGCCGGGCAGGACGAGUACAGCAUCCUCAAUUCGAAGCACUUCAUUGGCAUCCAUGGCUACAUGCUGGUCUACAGCGUCUCGUCGCUGCAGUCAUUCGAGAUGGUGCAAGUGAUCCGGGACAAGAUUCUGAACCACCUCGUUCGUACCCCUCGUCCUCUUCCCUCCGAUCCCCCCCUCCCCAUAACAACACCACAUCACACUACACCACACACAUCUUACCACACUACAACGAACCCACCCCCCAACCCAACCAAACCAAACCAAAUCCAACUAACCACCCCCCAAAAACAGGGCACCGAAACCGUCCCGAUCUGCAUCGUCGGCAACAAGUGCGACCUGCGGCCCGAGCAGCGGCAGGUGACGGCGGAGGAGGGCAAGGCGCUGGCCGACAAGCACGGGUGCGCGUGGACGGAGGCCAGCGCGCGGUACAACGAGAACGUGGCCAAGUCGUUCGAGCUGCUGAUCGGCGAGGUGGAGAAGUCGCAGAACCCCGGGGAGCCGUCGGGCGGGGGGAAGUGCGGGGGGUAGGUGUUUGUUCCAUGUUUGGGCUGGGGAGAGAGGCUAUGCCCUCCCUGCCCGGCUGCAUUACGUUAUAAGGGGGAUUGUCGCCGUCGUAAGGGGCGGGUAAUGGGUUGGUCGGUUGGACUUUCAACGUUUUUUAUUAUGAUGAUUCUGGGCUUUUCAAA